AUGGUGUCCGCUGAGGAGCAAACAGUACGCCGCGGCGCUGACAAGCUUGGCCAGGUAAUCAACAAUCUCCAGGCCAACUGGAUCUGGGUCCCCGGCUGGGUUGACUCCUCUGCUUAUAACACGGCCGGACGGAUCGUCAAAUUCAUCCGCCAGUUCAGCCUCGACUUUCUUCCUACUCGAGCUCUUUUACAUUUCUCCGCAGACACACGAUAUAAACUUUACGUCAAUGGCGUGCGAGUCGCUGUGGGACCAACCAGGAGCAGCCCGUUGAUGUGGUAUUAUGACACCCUCGAUAUUGCGCCAUACCUCAGCCAGGGCAGCAAUGAGGUCAGGUUUGUGGUGGUCCGAUACUUUGCAUCUUCGCGGACAGCGAUGCCGUUUGAGAGGACAUCAUUUCCUGGCUUGACUGUCUUUGGCAGCGUUGAGGUGGGCAUGGAAGCCGUAGAUCUCAGCUCCGGUAAAGGCUGGCAGGCCCAAGUAGACGAGAGUAUUUUGUUCCCCACGGGACUGGUCGAUGAUGUGUUCCUCCAUAUCAGCGAGCGCAUAUCUCCUUACCCUCCAAGUCCGGUUGUGACACCCAAGCUAUACAACAUCAAGACUCUGAAUGGAGACCUUGCUCCCUGGCGUUUGUGCCCUCGCUCCAUUCCGAUGCCGGUGGAGAGCCAUGUUGCCGUGAACAUUGUCCGAGCCUGCCAAAGCGUUAUCUCCAUAGAUGACUGGACUAACUUUCUAUCCGGAACGAGAUCUUUAACUCUUCCCGGCGACUCCUCGCAUACUUUCGAACUGCAGGCAGAAGUCCACUCAACGGCUUUCCUCCAAUGGACUUUUAAGGCAGCUAAACCGUCUCAAAUCAAACUCAAGGUGACAUACUCCGAAGGUUAUGAACUGGAGCCUCGCUCUUACCCCUUCUUUCGUACGAAAGCAGACCGCUUGGACAAAAAGAACAGUCAUAUUAUCGGUCCCUUUGAUGAGGUGACCUUGGACCUGCCAGAAAUGCACACCAUUACCUAUGAACCAUUUUGGUUCCGUACUUUCCGCCUCCUGCGCCUCGAAAUCACGGUGGGUCCCACACCGGUCGAGCUGAUGUCGUUUAAAGCCACGCAGGUGAACUACCCACUUGCAGUCAAGGCCAGCUGGAAGAACCCUGGGGACGCGCACAGUGAGAAGAUAUGGGACGUUUCCAUUAGGACCAUGCGAAAUUGCAUGUUCGAUGGAUACUCCGACUGUCCCUUUUAUGAACAACUUCAGUACUCCGGCGACAGUCGUCAGGUCGGGUUGUUCCACUACCUUCUCUCUGGCGAUGACAGGCUUAUGCGACAGACCAUCACGAACUUGGCCGCCUCAGUCACAUUUGAGGGUCUCACGCAAUCCCGGUUCCCGUCGCAUGUCAAUCAGAUCAUCGCUGGUUUCUCUCUCUACUGGAUUCUUCAAGUAUGUGACCACCACCUCUUCUUUGGCGACACGUCGUACGCCCGUUCCUUUCUGCCUCGCAUCGACGGUGUAUUGGACUUCUUCGAUUCGCACGUCGAUAGCUUGGGCCUCGUCAGCGGUCUGCCAGAGGACGUGUGGCAAUAUGUCGAUUGGGUGACGACGUGGGGCGCUACAGAUGAGCAUCCGGACAAGGGAGUGCCCAUUUCGGGCAGGAAAUCGAACCGUCACACCUACUUCAGCUUGCUCUACGCAUAUGUCCUGAAAGAGGCGGCUCAACUCGUGCGAGAGGUCGGUCGACCUGGUUAUGCCGGUGAGUAUGAAUCGCGAGCAGCUUCCUUGCUGGAAGCGAUUCGAAAGCAUUGCUUUGAUGGGCGUUUCUUCACGGAUUCGACCGCCGAUAUCGUGGACGACGGGGCCUACUCUCAGCAUUGCCAGGUUUUCGCAGUCCUAUCGGGCGCUGCUCCGCUCGAGGAUUCAGCUCGCCUCUUGAAAGAAUCAUUUGCCGAUCCCUCCUUCUCCAAAUGCUCCUACAUGAUGAAGUUCUAUGCGCUUCGGGCCUUCGCCAUUGCAGGCGACGAGGUGUAUGAGUCUUUCUGGGUGCAUGUGUGGGAUCCAUGGCGGAAGAUGCUGGCGAACAAUCUCUCGACUUGGGAGGAAGACGAUGUGCGACAGCGUUCGGACUGCCAUGCAUGGGGAAGCGUGCCGGUGUAUGAAUACUGCACUGAGUUGGCAGGGAUACGUCCCAUUGCCCCCGGAUCGGCUAAGGUGUUCUUCAAGCCGCGCCUCAGACUAAGUGAGGCAGUGGAGGCAAAAGUAGCAUUGGGUAGGGACAACCUCGCAACAGUCUCGUGGAGCAGUGUGGACGGUGGCAAGAAACACGUGGAGUUGCGGCUAGAGAAGACUACCGAAGUAAUCAGCAAGCUACCGGGAGGCAAGGAGGAAGAGCAUGGCAUGGUGGACAGCCUUACAUUAGUCUACGACCCUUCCAGUGCUUAA